UUGACCUUCCAGUACUUCCUGAUUGCACAUUACGUCACAUUGAUAAACAGUUUUAUUUCGACAAAGUUGAUAUGUAUGAGAUUGAUAUAUAUCAGUUGAAUUAACUAGAGCUUCUCCUGGUUCUUUUCGCUGAAUAGCAAUAUUGAAGAGAGGUUACUUCUACAGUCAGUAGCACUUAAAGAACUGAUAACAUGCAGAACUACGGUAAAGCAAUAAAUACUUUUUUUGGACAAUAUCAGACGGGGAUUGCUCUUAUCACAGUCACAGGAGUGGGGCUCUUUGCUCUGCGUAAAUGGCUGGCUGGAGGGGUGUGUACGAGCAAAGCCCGGCUGGACGGGAAGACUGUCCUUAUCACCGGAGCCAACACUGGGAUUGGGAAAGAGACUGCAGUUGACAUGGCUAGCAGGGGGGCGAGGGUUAUUCUGGCCUGCAGGGACAUGACAAGAGCCAAUCAAGCUGCAGAGGGCAUCAGGAGGAGGAGUGGCAAUGGGAAUGUGAUUGUCAAAAAGUUGGACUUGGCAUCCCUACAGUCAGUGCGACAACUAGCCAAAGAGAUCCUGGAAAGUGAAGAGAGACUGGACAUCCUUAUUAAUAAUGCAGGUAUCAUGAGCUGUCCAAAAUGGCAGACUGAAGAUGGCUUUGAGAUGCAGUUUGGCACCAACCACUUAGGCCACUUUUUAUUGACAAAUUGCCUUUUGAAUCUCCUUAAGAAAUCAGUUCCAAGCCGUAUUGUCAACGUCUCCAGUUUAGCUCAUGAAAAAGGCAAGAUCUAUUUUGAUGACAUAAACUUAGAUAAAGAUUACAGUCCAUGGAAAAGCUACCGGCAAAGUAAGCUAGCUAAUGUGCUCUUUACUCGGGAGCUGGCAACACGACUACAAGGAACUGGAGUAACUACUUACAGCCUCCAUCCUGGAGUCAUCCGGACUGAGCUUGGCCGGCACUUCUGGCCCACCAUGCCCCUGUGGAAAAGAGCCAUCUACAAGACUCUUAGUUUUUGGCUCAAGUCCCCUAGAGAGGGAGCCCAGACCACCAUCCACUGUGCCGUAGAAGAAAGCCUGGCAGAUGUCAGUGGACUCUACUACAGUGACUGCGCCCCAAAAACUGUGGCCCCUCAGGGCCAGGAUGAUGCAGCUGCCAAGAAACUGUGGGACCUGAGUGCCUCCAUGGUUGGUCUGGCAUGAUGGACCUGGUUACCACUAGGACUGGCCUAGCCUUUAGAAUGUUGACAUACAGUUGAAGUCAGAGGUUUACAUACACUUAGGUUGGAGUCAUUAAAACCUAUUUCUCAACCACUCC